CCUUCCCUCCACGUCAAGAACCUUGUGACACCUCCUCAGCCUUUGGCCUCUUGAUACCCUAUAAAUCGCAUCCUCCCUCACCUGUCCAAAUACCAGCGAGAGCAGAGGAGACACCACGAAAGGAACCCGAGAGAGGGGGAAAAAAACUUCGGUUUUGGAGCUCUUGGCUUGUUGCGAGCACAUGAGGAUCCACCCAGCAGCAGCAGCUCCCGCCGGCGGCAAGAAGGACCUCCGCCGGCUUCCGCACGUGUACAGCAAGGUGCUCGAGCUGCUGCUCCCGGCGGACACCGACGUCGAGGUGUUCGAAGGCCCCGACGCCUUCCACUUCGUCGCCGCCGGUGCGCGAGGCGCCGGCGUGGUGCAGGUGCGCACCGUGAGGAUCCACCCCGGGGUUACCAAGGUAGUGGUGCAGGCAGGUGGCGCCGGAGGCGCUGAGGAGGCUGGCGCCGACGACAUGGAGCUCGACAGGUGGCGGUCCCGGCUGCCCGAGGCGAGUCGUCCGGCGAUGGCGGUGGCUGGGUACGUCGACGGGCAGCUCGUUGUGACAGUUCCAAAGGGGCGUGAAGGCAGCGAAGGCGCCGAUGCCGGGCAAGGUGAGGUUACCUGGAGAUGCUGCAGCGGAGGAAAGAUUAGUGGAAGACUGGUGGUUGUACAGUAGUAGUAGAGAAUAUAUAGUGCGUUGGUCGUCAUCUAAUCAAAAUCUAGUACUAUGUAGUAAUGUCUUGCCAUCUUUGUUUUUUUUCCUGAAGAUGGGCUGUUUAUUAUGUUACUUCCCUGGCCUGGUUUUAGCAUCAGAGAUGUUUCAUGAGCGAUACCUUCCGGCUGGUUCUUAAGCGUAUAGAAACAGCUAUUGUAAAUUCUCUUUGAUUUCCUUGAAAUCAAAUGUAAAUUCUAGAUGGACCAAAGACUCUUGAGAUAGCCUUAUCCU